AUGGCCCUCUCACGGACCUCUUCUAACUUGGAAUUAACAAUAUCUGUCCCUUCUUCCGUGCGAGACUUGGAUAUAAACCAAGUGCCUCCACCAGCAGGAUCCGAAGACGAAUGGAUGACACCAUCAACCAUCAAUGAAGGGACCAUCAGUGACCUCGUUCCUCGCAAAAAGCUUCGUCUCUCAAAAGAACAGUCUCGUUUGCUCGAAGAAAGUUUCAGACAAAACCACACCCUAAACCCUAAACAGAAAGAAGCAUUGGCUUUGGAACUGAAGCUUCGGCCCAGACAGGUUGAGGUUUGGUUCCAGAAUCGUCGAGCCAGGAGCAAGCUGAAGCAGACGGAGAUGGAAUGCGAGUACCUAAGGAGAUGGUUCGGGUCAUUGACCGAACAAAACCAACGGCUUCAAAACGAAGUGGAGGAGCUUAUGGCCAUGAAAGUAGGGCCGCCGACGGUGAUUUCGCCUCACAGCUUGGAACCGCUCCCUGCAUUUGCCCUUACGACAUGCCCACGGUGCGAGCGUGUCACCACCAUGGCGCAUGGCGGCGACCACGUUAAAGUGACAGCAUCCGCCACCAGCUCCGUCACCAUUGCAGCUAAAGUUGGCUCAUUACCAGCCCUCCAAUGACGGAUUGAUAAGUAGACGAUUUGGUCUUAAACAUAAGAUAAGAGGGUUUUAAAAGAAAAUCAUUUGAGAAUGUCCAUAUUAGUUUACACAGUG